AUGUCAUCCUACAAGGGGCAGCGAGGGCCCAACGUGUCCCAGUACAUCGCGACGCUCAACCAGCCAUCGCCUCAGCAGGACCUGCUCGCCGAUCCAGCGCCAGCAGAAGACUUCUCUGACUUCCUCAACGCCGACUUCUUCGACGUCAGCAACGCCCGCCACCCCAGCGUCGACUUCGGAAACGCAGGCAACUUCGAUCUCAAUCUCGACAACCAGUCAUCACAGCCAUUGAAGAGUCCCGAGGGAUUUCAACCUGCCGCGAGCGCAAGCAUGGAUUUCAACUUGAAUGGCGACUUCCCCUUCACCGACUUCCCCAACUUCCCUACCAAUGCCGCCUUUGAUCCGGCCCUGCCGCUCGCACACGGUCAGCCCAACCACUACCCGCUGGCCCCCGGAUUCGCCUCACCCAACGCAUCUCUAUCACCAAUCACACCAGGCUACGAUCAAGCAUCCAAGAAGCGCAAGCUCGAUAAUGUCUCACCCGUGAUGCCGCAGUCACUCGACGAGAACGCUCGCAUCGCCGCAGAAGAAGACAAGCGCCGCCGCAACACAGCCGCAAGCGCCCGCUUCCGCAUCAAGAAGAAGCAGCGCGAGCAGGCUCUCGAGCAGUCGCAGAAGGAAGCACAGGAGAAGGUAGCCAAGCUCGAAGCCACGAUUGAGCAGCUGCAGACGGAGAAUGCCUGGUUGAAGAGCCUCAUUACGGAAAAGAACGGCGGUAAGAGCACGACGGAUGAAAUCAAGGCGCUCAUCAACAAGCGGGAGCAGGCGGCAAGUGGACGGAGUAGCUCUGCACACACAGACGGCGUGGGGACACAGGCUAAGAGCCCAAAGGCGGAGGCCUAA